AUGAACAACAUCUCUGAAAACAUAAAUCUGAGCACAGUGAGAACUGUAGUUUGUGAAGAACUUUCUGAUAUUUGGGCUUCUGUUGCCAAAAUUGCAGAAACUGUUACCAGUGAACAAAGUUCUACACAAGCCAGAAUGUCUUACUUAGUAAAUCAUCCAAACGAUAGAGGAGGAACAGAAGUUAACAUAUCCGCAGAAGAUCAGAAGCUCAUUAGACUCCAGUUCCACAUGUAUACAAGGCAAUGCCAACGUAUCAUGCAUGAAGAUGGUAUUGUAGAGACGAACUGGAAAAGAUUGAGUAGUCAACAAAAGUUGUACUACUCCUUGAGACUCGAGGAGUUAAUUUUCUUGUACUACCAGUUUGCUCUACACAGGUGCAGAGAUCAAUGGGCUGCUGCUCUUCUCCUUCAAGAAGUGAUGAAGGCUGAACCCCAUACAGAGAAGUGGCAAAUUGAAUAUAUUACGUUUAGUCUCAUGCAAGAUAUUGCAUUAAUACUUUUCUUUAUAAAAAAAUAUGCAGGCAAAGUUGAGCGGAGAAGUUCAAAAAGAAGAGUUAAGUCAAAAUUUUGUCUUUAUUCACAAUUACUUGAGCUUGUUAAUGAGCAUACUUGA